CGUCCAUUCAGAUAUUGAUAACCGUGCACAUGCCGAGCAGAAAAAUAUACAUAUUUAUGACAUAGAAUUUGGCAUAAUGAUUAUGGAUCUAGAUUGCACGAAAAAGUGUGUGUGUGUGUGUGUGUGAGAGAGAGAGAGAGAGAGAGAGAGAGGCAGAUUAUGUACAGUAUCUAGAGAGUAACAGGAAGUGUUUACUCUGAAACUACAGACCUCUGAGGGAGUGAGACAAUUCAAAGGACUGUUAAACAAGUUCAGAAGGGGCACAGCAUGGUGACUCUGUCCCUCUUGUCCCUCUGUCUGCUCCCCUUGUUGGCAGUCAGAGGGGAAGUGGCUCCAAAUUUCGACAACUGCAAAGAUUCUUUCUUCAAAAAGACACCAGUGUCUGGUCUGAAUAUAGCACUCCCCACUCCGAUCGAGCCUGACACACAGGGCUUAGAGAAUCCUGAGAAAUGUCUCUCUGCUUACAGUGCUGCCUCUCCUGCAUACAUCUGUCAGAGAAACGGUAACCACUAUUACUUUGCCACUCUGUAUGACCGUGGCAGGAGGAUCCCUCUGUACUCUGCCUAUGAAAUGGAUAUCAAAGGGGUCCCUGGCAGAGAGGGGUCCAUAGUUUAUUAUGAACCACAGCUUGUGCAUCCUGACCUAACAAUACAGCAAAUGGAUAAGAAAGGAUCCUUGAGUGAGAUCAAGAAAUACAACCAAAACAAUGGCUGCAGUGAACGCUCUCCACAAUACCGACAGAACUACAAGCUGGGCUGGAGUCAGGCUCUCGAUGACAACUUUGGCUCGUACGACCGCGGGCACCUAAACCCCGCAGGACACCAUAAAGAAGAUGCCUCCAAAGUCACCAUGACCCAUACCAACGUAGCUCCGCAAGACAGGAGGAUGAACAACGGGCCGUGGAACCGGUAUGAGACGAGGCUGAAGGAUGUUUUGAGUGCAGGCUGUAGUAAGAUGUAUGUGGUGACAGGGGUGGUCCCAAGCAGCAUGUGGGUAGACCAGAACCAGCGAGUCAAUGUUCCGAGUCACUACUGGAAUGCCUACUGCUGCACCGACAACAACGACAAACCUCUCAAGUCUGGAGGUGCCUUGGGUCCUAACACAGCUCAGGGUGUUGUUACAGAGUAUACCUCUGUUACAGUCCUUGAGACUGAGCUUAGAGGGCUACUGAAUGUUGACAACAAUUUCAACAUUUUUAAUGGCUGUUAGUCCAAUAUAGAUGUGGACAUGUCUUAUAUAUCUGGUAUGAUUGUUUUGGAUUUUGAAUGAAUGCUUAGGCUAUGAUGUUUGUUGUUACUAUUUAGUAUAGGCCUACUGUAUAAUGACGUUUAUGAACCUAUAGAUUAUAUUGAUGUAGACCAGUGGCCAGAUGUUUCACAAUUUAGCUCACCUGAUUCACCUAUUCAACGGCUUGUUUAUUAGUCGAGACAGGUGUGCUAACUGUGGAAUAGUUAAUAUACAAGGAAUGGCUGGGGGUCCCUGAGAAGAGGUUGAAAACCCCUGAUUUAGGCGACAUCAAUAUUUUAAACAAAUCCCUGACCAUAAAUAUUAUCCUAUUGAUCAAAUUUGUGCCUAAAAUGUAUUACAAUUUAAAAACGUGACCUUAGUAAUAAUUAUUCGUAAAGCGUAUGUUUGAUUGUUUGGUCACACAGAAUUACGCUAUCAACUCUUUGUAAAUGCUUGUUGCUAUGAAUCUUUCACCCAAUAAAGCUUGAUUUGCAAAGCAAA